AGUCGACCCUCACUUGUCUCUGUGUUUACAUCAGACGACCACAACUUGCGGAGUCGAGCAGCUUAUGUAAAAAUUGCUCCCUUUUUAUGCCGUUUUAACACAUCUCACCACGUUUUAGAGAUGUUCAGUACGUCGAGCAAUUUGCUGCAGAACCAGGUUGUGUUGCCGUUGUCAUAUAUCAUAUCCCAGUAUUCGGGAAAGUGUGGUCCACGACAGCAUAACAAGAAUACUCAAAAGAGCAUCAAUAACAGUUCAUCAGUGGUUAACAUUGUAUGCUCAGAGAGUCUAGCAGAGACAGUUGAACAUCUUGGAGAAUCAGGUUUAAGACAGAUUAGUCAGCUGAUUACCCCUCAGCUUCUCCAGGACCUUUCUUUAUAUGGCCCAAAGUUGAAUCUGCCUUUCCCCUCAAGCCAGUCCACAGCACAUCGAGCCUUAUCAUCUGCUUCUCGUCUUUAUGUUGGGAAGAGAGGAGCUUGGCAUGAGUCCCAUAUAUCAGCCAACACAUUCUCAGAGAACAAAGGGAAUGGGAAGCCCUUAUCUACCUUCUGCGGAGAUGUGCGUCUUAAGCCUGUCUUUGCAGUGACUGAGAGACUGCUUAUGUCGAAGCCUUUGCAUCAAGCAGUUUUGACUCAGCAACGUGGCUUCAAGACACAGCAGUCCAUCGAGCGUGAAUCCCUAAGGCAAACCACAGUUGCUGACCGGUUGCGAGAUGGCCUGAAGUCCAGACAGCGCUCCAGUAGGAAUAUCCAGCAGGAGGCAGAGAGUAAUGCGAAGUUAAAAGGUAUGCUGACAGAGGAAUCAUCUUCUGAGGUUCGCAAAAACAUGAAGGUGGCUUUUGCAGAGGGAUAUCUGGCAGCAGAACCUCAGAAGCAGCAAUCACGUACCAUGAGGUGGAUCAGGAACUUCCAACAAGUCCUGGCCAUUGUCGUGUUCAUUGCUAUUCUCUUCUCACUAAUGGGCGGUAUGGGAGGGUCCAUGUUCCGAAUGCAUGUAGGAAAUGGCAACGAGGUCCACCCAGAAGAAAUCAUUGUCUCCUUCAAGGAUGUCAGAGGGGUAGAAGAAGCCAAACAGGAACUACAAGAAAUUGUGGAGUUCCUGCGAAAUCCAGAGAAAUUUACCUCAUUGGGGGCUGAGUUGCCAAAGGGUGUACUUCUCGUGGGUCCUCCAGGCACAGGCAAGACGCUUUUGGCUCGGGCAGUAGCAGGGGAGGCAGGGGUGCCUUUCUUUCAUGCAGCUGGCCCAGAGUUUGAUGAGAUCCUGGUGGGCCAAGGGGCACGGAGAGUUAGGGAUCUCUUCCGUGCUGCUAAGAUGAGAACUCCAUGUGUCAUAUUCAUAGAUGAAAUUGAUUCUGUUGGCGCCAAGCGAUCAAAUUCAGUACUCCAUCCCUAUGCCAACCAAACAAUCAACCAGCUGCUUUCGGAAAUGGAUGGUUUCCACAAGAAUGAUGGAGUUAUAGUCCUGGGGGCCACCAAUAGACGGGAUGACCUUGAUAAGGCCCUUAUGCGUCCAGGAAGAUUUGAUGUAGAGGUUCAGGUCCCAAUUCCAGACUUGGCCGGAAGGAAGGAGAUAUUUGAUUAUUACUUAGGUAAAAUCAAAGUUGGUAAUGAUGUUGACGUGAAUGUUCUCUCGAGAGGAACAACAGGUUUCACAGGUGCUGAUAUAAAAAAUGUAACCAAUCAAGCAGCACUAAGAGCAGCAGCUGAUCAGGUCGAUUCAGUCUCCAUGAAACAUUUGGAGGCAGCUAGAGAUAAAGUACUUAUGGGUCCAGAGAAGAAGUCGCGUAUCCCAGAUGAGGAAGCCAACCUUGUUACUGCAUACCAUGAAGGUGGUCAUGCACUGGUAGCUCAUUACACCAAGGACUCCCAUCCACUUCACAAAGUCACAAUCAUUCCCAGGGGCCCAUCGCUUGGACAUACUGCCUAUAUCCCUGCAAAGGAGCAGUACCACAUGACAAGAAGUCAGAUGCUUGCCACCAUGGACUCCCUCAUGGGAGGCCGAGCGGCAGAGGAACUUAUCUUUGGAACAGAGUUUAUCACAUCUGGGGCUUCUUCAGACCUAAAACAAGCCACGAGCAUUGCCACGCACAUGGUGAAGGACCUGGGCAUGAGUGAUCGUGUUGGCUUGAGGACCUUUGAAGACAACACUGGCCAGCUGAUCAGUACAGGAGACUCCCUUGGCCAGUCCACUAAGGAAGCUAUAGACCAUGAAAUCAAAAAAUUGUUGCAGGACUCAUACGAGCGUGCCAAAUCCAUUCUGAAAGCCCAUGCCAAGGAGCACAAAGCUCUUGCUGAGUCCCUCAUGAAGUAUGAGACUCUGGAUGCUGAUGACAUCAAGGCCAUCCUGGAUGGACGACCAGUGGCCAAGGACUUGUAGUUUGGGGUUGGGUAUAGGAUGCCUUAUUGUAACAAAGCCAGUCAUGUCAUAUUCAUCACAUUAUGACAAAAAAUAUUAAAGCUGUUGUGUUUCAUUUAUUUAAAGUGCAAAUAUCAUGAAGGAUAUUGAGUUUUAUGCAUUUCUAGUUUUUAAAAGAAUAACCCCUAAGUAAUAUAUAAAUUCUGGCAUAAGCAGUGUCUUUGGGGGGGAAGUACAUUUAGAAAAUGUGUGACAUUUAAAAAUAUUUUUACUUUGCUAUUAAGUCAUGGUAUUAGCAUCCCAUUUAACUUUUUCAUUGCCAUUCACUGUUCAUCUCCACAUCAUGAUUUCAGGCUGAUCAUAGCAUCACAGGGUAGAUAAUAGGUUUGUAAUGAGGUAGAUAAUAUCUCUGAGGGAGUUAGAGCUCAGGACCUAUAUUGUCUUAGUUAGAACUCUCCUUAUUUCUCAUCUUGUGAAUUAAAGUACAAUAAUAUUUAAAAAUGACUACAUUGUAUAUUUCCUUUGUAUAUUUUCUUUCCUAAAUCAUUUAAUUUUUAAAAGUGAAGAAAACUCUGGGAAUGUAAAAGAUAGACAUUAUUUGUUUUCAUUUUCAUUUUCUCAGUAUAGAAUGAAGAACAUAAAGUAUAUAAUUAUUGCAUAAUAUCACUUACACCAACAUUGCUCCUUUCAUACUUUUUAUCUUGAUAGGGAACAAAUAAUUAUUAAACAAGGUGCUGAUUGCAGGAGAAGACAGUUGCUGGGAUGAUCAAUCCUUUCAUUAUACUUUUCUAUUAAUGCAUAAUAGAUGGAAAAUAUUGUCAGUCAAUGAUUCCUUAAAAUAACAGAUGUGAUUUUCACAUGACACACUGUGGGAAGUUUAGAAUUUUUAAAUUCAUUUUGCACAGAUGUGUGUGUGAAUUUUUGUAAAUAGUAUGUUUUCAUUUCAUUAGUCUGCAUUUGGAUGUGACACAGUUGCAUUCCAGGCAAUAGUCAUUUUUAUUUUUUAUUACAUGAUACUAUGUUGUGAAUCUCUGUUCUUGAUGUGUUACAGAUCACACUGAUUGUUGUGGUCUGUUGAAGAAAUCAUUCUCAAUUUGAUACAUUUUGGAUUUUAACUCACAACCUGGUGAUCUACAGAUAUUUUGCUGAACUAGGUUUUAACCCAAUGCCACUGGGCAUGGCAUGUACAUACAUGCCAUGCCCACUGUGAGUUCACUUUAGUAAUUGUUUUUACACAUAGAUGGCUACACUUGUACUAAGUCACCAAUGAGCCAAUUAUGAGU